AUGGCCACGAAACGUACUAACAAAUCAAAUAUUAGGAAUCUAAGUUCGCCAGACGAAGCACAGCCGACAACACUGCACAGUAGUCAUCCGCAAGAAGCCUCAGUUUUGGAUGAUGAUCAUAGCGAUCAUGCCUAUAGAGUGAAGAAGGAUCACGGCGAGGAUAUCACAUCGUCCAAGAGUCUGACACAGAAUACUUACAGCAUAAUCUACGUUGCUGAUCCCAGGAGUUGGGCCUUCUUUUAUGGAAUUGUAUUCUUUCUGAUUCAGAUAUGUCUCAUGUCGUUUGCAUUGAUUGGAGCAUUUGAUGUCGGAUCAAGCAAUUUCUUCAAGGUACCAGUGGAUGUUUCCAUAUGGGUCCGAAUAUCAGGAUACAUCAUUCUGUUGUUGUCUGUCCCACUGUUCGGAGAUCUCUUGGAUACUAUCGAGAAAACCCAUGAGGGGUACAAUCCUGUGGUGAAGUGUCAAACUCCACAUGCCACAUUUGCAAAAUGGGUGUUCGCAAACUCUCUACAAUUCGCUUUUGGCAUUGUCUUUCAGUUCGUCACUUUUGUUUUCAUCGCCAAGUCAUCAUCAGUCCGUGAUAUGUUGCUGAACUUUGCAGGAUUGGAAUUCAUCACCAAAAUUGACGACCUGGGAUUUUCAUUAGCUGACAGGGGCUACUUCACAGAGUCUCUGAAGAAUGCUUCCAAAGACGUCAAGGACCACAAGAGAACGACCACAAAAGGCCCUUGGUUCCGCAUAGUCGCCACGGUGUUCCUUGUCUGUGCAUUACUUGCUGGCUAUUCUGUAAUCUUCUACUACCAGCGAACAGGAGCAUUCUUAUGCACUCGUAUGGAAGUCCAGUUUGGUGAUGCUUUCUGGGCCGAGUUGCCCUUCUUUUCGGGUGUAUAUUUUGUCGAUAAGGCUACUCGAAUGGAUCAACGGCUGGUCUUUGGUGAUGAACGAACGGAUGGAAAGGAGUCGUUCUUUCGUUACUGUCAAAGCGAGAAAUCAUUUGUCUUUCUCCCGCAGCAAAAUAAUGCAGAUGACGAAUGCAAAAGCGAAUCUUGGUAUGCCAAAUCUCCCAAGUCCGAGUCGUACAACAUUCUGAAAUCGAAUGCCAACGAAUGGAAAACCCAGCGUCCAGGUGAGAAUGCCAUAUUUUACUCGAUUGAUCAUUUUACUAUGAAUUGCCUGGACUGUUCCCCCGAUACCUGCAACAUUCCGCUGGGAGGAUCUUGUACAACCGACGACUUUAGCAACAAAGUCUGCGUUUGCAACGAAGGAUUCUUUGGGAACCAAUGUCAAUUCGAAUACGAUCAAAUCUGCGACACGAUUGAGUUUGACCAUCGUUUCGCACCCUUUCCGAUUCAGAAAUACGAUUUUCCGUCUCGAUUGGAAGUGGUGACCACUUCUAGCGACUACUACAUGCUAUAUCGCAACAAGGCUGUCUAUUCCUAUGUAUACCCAUCAGAUAGUGAGUCGUCUGGGUACAUGAAUAUCAUUGCAUUCUUUGGCCGACGCUACUACUUUCUGAUUGUCGAUUGGGCUGGUUUGUUUGCCACAAAGACAGAAGCGGGUUCGGAACAUGCUGCUUUGUUCGCCGACUUGACCCCUGAAACUGCCCCUGCUGCAUUCGUCAAGUAUAUGAACACAUUCUUGGCAGAUGGUUUCUUGGGUGACGGAGAGUUAGUCAGUCCAUUAUUCGUAAGCGAGCCAUUGGACUUGGGAACACCUCAAGAGAAGCCAGACCCCACCGAACUUGCUUGGCAUCUGGUCACAACUGACUGGUAUGGAACAAGACUAGGGAUUGGGGCAUCUAUAUCAACUCGACUGCUUUGUACUCGUUGUGAUGAUGCCACAGGUCCAUAUUGUGAACUGGCUGGCAGCUGUAACAGCGAAACGUCCACAUGCGAUUGUUUGGACGGAGGCUUUGUCGGACCACGUUGCGAGUACUAUGAUCCAGCAUUCAAUAUACUGUAG